GGACUGUUUAAAAUUAGCUGAAUCGAAUGCACCAGAGGUCGCUGAUGACUUAUGCUUAUUCAUUAACAUCGAAAAUAGAAAAAACAAAACAAUUUUGAAGUUAUAUUAGCGGGCUGUCCAAGUUCAGCGUUACAUCAAAAUAUAUGUUCCAGUAUGUAUAUAAAGAAAGUCAUUAUUCAGGGCUUUCGUAGUUACAGGGAUCAGACCUGCCCAGAAGAAUUCAGCCCACACCAUAACAUAAUAGUUGGACGUAAUGGUUCGGGGAAAUCUAAUUUCUUCCAGGCAAUACAGUUCGUUCUCUCUGAUGAAUUCAGUCACUUAGGAAACCAAGAGCGUCAAAAUCUGCUUCAUGAAGGCACAGGUCCACGAGUCAUUUCAGCUUACGUAGAAAUGAUUUUUGACAACUCAGACAAUAGGAUUCCUUUUGAUAAAAAUGAAGUUUCGUUGCGUAGAAUUAUCGGAAGCAAGAAGGACCAGUAUUUUCUGGACAAGAAAAUGGUCACAAAGGCUGACGUAAUGAAUAUGCUGGAGAGCGCUGGGUUUUCUCGCAGUAACCCUUACUACAUCGUUAAACAGGGAAAAAUUACUCAACUGGCUACUGCACCUGAUCAUCAAAGAUUAAAGUUACUCAGGGAAGUUGCGGGAACCAGAGUUUAUGAUGAACGAAAAGAGGAGAGCAAAAAAAUAUUCAAGGAGUCAGAAGCUAAACGAGAACAAAUAUCUGAGCUCUUAAACAGCAUUGAAGAUCGGUUGCGUACUCUUGAGAAUGAAACAAAGGAAUUAAAGGAAUAUCAACAUUGGGAUAGAGACAGGCGUGCUUUGGAAUUUACUAUAUAUGAUAGAGAGUUAAAAGAAACUCGGAAGAAACUAGAAGAAAUUCAGACUCGUCGAGAGCAAAGUAGUGAAAGUACAGCUGAAAUCCGACGUGCUGCUAAAGACUGUACAGACGCAAUAGAGAAACUGGAAAGAGAAUUGAGGGAUAAUCGGUUGAAGGAAGCCCAAAUGCAAGAUGAAGUAGAGCAAGUUCAAGCAUCUGUAAGUGACGUUCUUCAGCGUCGUGAACAGCUUCAACUUACCAUAGCUGACUACUCAGCAACUCUUCGAGGUGGUAAGUCAGCUCGUGAAAGGGCUUCUGAAGAACUGAAUCGUGUAAGAGAACAAAUCAGCCUAGUUGAACGCCGACUGGCUGAAUUAAGACCCCAAUAUAAAAAAGCUAAACAAUAUGAAGAUGAAUUGGCCAAUGCACUUAGUGAUGCUGAGCAUCGUAGGAAGGAAUUAUUUGCUAAACAAGGACGAGUUAAUCAAUUUCAAUCUCGUACUCAACGUGACGAAUGGAUUAGAGAUCAAAUGAAGAGUUUGGGUAAAGCUAUAAAAGAUAAGGAAAAUACUAUUAACAAAUUGACGGAGGAGAUUAAUCGAGAUGAUGAAAGACGUGAAAAAUUACAACAAGACUUAGAUGUGGCUGAAGAAAAUAUGGCAUGUGUUAGGAAGGAACUAGAAACGGUAUCUGAGGAACAGCGUAGACUACGUCGUGAAAAAGAUGAAAUUCAAACAGACAGACAAACUGUCUAUCGUGAAGAAACUAGAAUAGCUCAUGAACUGAAUAAUUUACGCGAUGAAUUGGCCCGAACUGAACACAAUUUAAGAUCAAUUACAGGCAAAGGGAUUUUGAAUGGCUUGGAUUCCGUUCGUAAAGUUGUCGAAAUAUUUCGUGAUCGAUUCGGUCCGGAUUGUGAUAUAGUUCAAGGUUAUCAUGGAACACUGAUAGAAUUGAUCGACUGCCCAGAAACAUUUUAUACCAGUGUAGAAGUUACAGCUGGCUCACGUCUGUUUUAUCAUGUUGUACAAAAUGAUAAACUAGUUAUUCGUAUGAUUGCAGAGAUCAAUAGGCACAAUCUUCCUGGUGAAGUUAAUUUUCUUCCAAUUAAUCGCUUGUGUGUACAAGAAUCUUCAUAUCCGGAGACAAAUGAUGCAAUUCCAAUGAUUUCCCGUCUAAAUUUCGAUGAUAAAUUUCGUGGUGUUAUGCUGCAUAUUUUUGGUAAAACGUUGAUUUGUCGUAGUAUUGAAAUUGCUACUCAAUUAGCUCGAACGAAGAAUUUCGAUUGUAUUACACUUGAUGGUGAUCAAGUAUCACGUAAAGGUACACUUACCGGAGGGUAUUAUGACAGUCGUCUGUCACGAUUAGAACUACAGAAACGAAAACAGAAAACUGAAAUUGAAAUCCAAGAAACAGAAAAUGUUCGUGAAAAUAAUGCCAAGCGUAAAGAACAAGUGGAUGCACAAAUUAAUCGUAUUAUAGAUGAUGUUCAACGGAAGGAUACAGUACGCUCAAAACAUGAGAUGACAUUCGACAAACUGAAGAAGGAUAUUCAUAUGUGGAAAGAAGAAUUACGUGCAAAACAAGAAACCAAACCGCAGAAGGAAUACAAAUUAUCUUCUUUACGUCAUGAUUUGGAUCAAAUGAAAUAUACAAUGGAUUCUUACAAGGUUGAGUUGGGAACCGAUUUAUUAAGUCAGUUAUCAGUUCAAGAGCAACGUGAAGUUGAUCGUUUGAAUGAUAAAAUUCAAGAAUUAACUAGAGAGGCUAAAGAGGCCUAUAAAAAAAGAAUUGCAUUAGAAACUGAGAAAAAUGAGAAAGAAACUCAAUUAGAACAUAACCUACUCCGAAAACAAGAACAACUGGAAUCUGAAGUUGCUGAGGCUUCUGAACAAGAUUUACAGGAACGCUUAGCUGAGGCAGAGGAAGAAUUACGUGAAGUUGAACGUCGUAUUGAAGGCGCCCAACGUACAGUAGAUGAAGUUGAAGGGCGUUUAUCUGCAUUAUUGCAUGAACAACGCCAACUGGAAUCAGAAGUGGAGCGUAAGAAGCAAGAAGAAAAAGAAUACGCUGAACGUAUACAAGAUGAUCAACAAAAUUUAGAAAAAAUGCAAUCUAAGCAAAGUCAACUGCUAAAAAAGAAAGAGGAGAAUAUGAAGAAAAUACGCGAUUUAGGAUCAUUGCCAGCAAAUACAUUUGACAAAUUCCAGGAUAAAAAUUUAAAACAACUGUUCAAGCUCCUUGAUAAAGCUAAUCGUGAAUUGAAACGUUAUAGUCAUGUGAAUAAAAAGGCAUUGGAUCAAUUUGUGUCACAUUCAGAGGAGAAAGAAAAACUACUCAAACGAAAAGAAGAAUUGGAUAUAGGCUGUCAAGCAAUUAAAGAUUUGAUGAAUGCAUUAGAUCACCAAAAGUAUGAAGCUAUUCAACUGACAUUUAAACAGGUGUCCAAAAAUUUCCAAGAUAUCUUCAAACGUCUUGUACCUGAGGGUCGUGCAGAAUUAGUAAUGAAAAAAGGUGCUCGUGUGAGUAUUUUCACUUCGUUCGUUUGUAUAACAUUUAUCCUCUUGUAAAUACAUAUCUCUUCUGAAGUAUUUUCUAGAGGAUUUACUCCAAAAUAAUGAUAUUUGGUGAUAUGAAUUUCAAACAUCUACCAAUGAAAACUUAAGCUUCGCAAAGAAGAAUCAACAUAUGAGCUAUAAAUAUUUGCAGUGUUUUAUUUAAAAUACAUAUGUCUGUUUGUAUUACUGGGGAAAUCUAACAACAGCUAGUUGAUAUUUUAUAGCUUGUAAUUUCUCAUUGUUGAUUGAACCGAAUUGGUCGGCCAAUAAUGGCACAUGAGUUCUUGUACAGGGACUCCUCGAUAUUGCUACUAUUUUCAGUGUGAUAAUAAUGAUGGAGCCCAUAUGCCAGUGGUGGCUGCUCAGUCCGGUCCAGUCAUUGACGCAAAAAUCCAAGCUGUGGUAUCAAAACCAUACUCGUUGCACAACGAGUGACUUAGCGGGUAACGUUCUAGCGUUUGAAGCAGUCGGUCCUGAGUUGAAUUCUUGGUGGGAACAACAUCUCUCACUGGGAGACAGGUGUAUCCAGCUGAUGAGUCCCAAAUAGUACGAAACGCACCCCGUCCUAGAUUCCACUAAUAGUCACCAUCUGUCAUUGAUGUCAAUUGGUUUACAUUUUUGAAGUGUUUCAACCCAAAUGUUCUCAGAUAGACAAAGGAAUGUUUGAACAAGUUACAACGAAAAAACUUUUGAUAAAUACAGUUUUGAUAUGUUCACUUACGGUGUGUACUGCAGCUGUUUCCCAAUCGUUGCCAUGUAUGGACUUUCUAAAGCGUCUAUUGUGAAUGUGUAUACAUCAGGAUCGAAAUUUAAUUGAAUCGAACAAGCAGAACAUAUUGGAUAAAUGGUGUCUAAAUGAAAUAUAUUUAGAUUUCAUCUCCUUUUAAAAUACGGCUUACACAAGGUGGCGAAACGUCAGAAAUUCACUUUUCUAUUUCAUUGGGGUUUUAAAACCAUGUUUUAUCUGAUGUUAAGAUCAAGAAAAUGGAUAAAGAUGGGACUGCAUAUAGUAGUCACUUAAGGAUCUAAAUAAGUAACUAAAAAUUCCGUUUUUAUUAGUAUAAUGUGACUACCCUUAAUCACACAUGCCUAUGGCUGCUUACACUUUUGGCUCACUCAACCAUGUCGAUUGGUGUUCUUUUAGGUACUUGAAGAGGGAAAGAGGAGGGAGCAACCGACUCCAUGACAUUCCAGAAUGCAGUUUAUUAUAUGAUCAAAUCAAUUUCCAUAUUUAAAUUUAGCAGCCUGUCAUCCUCACCGACUCAUAUUCCCAGUUUGAGCUUGAUGACACCUUCAUGUUAUUACGAAUACUCUCUGAUUACCCCUAAUGUUAACAUCGGGUAUAAAAGUUUUUAUUGUGGAACAUUAUAGAAGCCGGAAGCAAACUGAUAAAAAUAUUUGACAGUAUUUUAUGUUAGUUGGUUGGAUUCAAGGAAUGAAUAAUAUGAUAAUGUCACUAAACACAGUACACGUUUAUGUACUACCCUAUGAGCCACACUUUUACUGUGCCUACGGAUAAAACUCGGUUGCCGUGACUGUAAAGCAGGUAAAGUGAGAUGUAAACCCAGGAACCAUUUCUUGAAAGUUGGAUGCUUAGGCUAACAGCACACCUACAAAUUCACAGAACAAAUAUAUUUUUCACCAUUUAGAUAAAUGUUAAUCGUGUGUUAAGUACAAAUGUCUACCGGAUACUAUCUCUCCUUAAGUAUAAUAUAACACUAAAACACAUUUCACCGUUUUUGAUACCAUUUUAACAGUCUCAAACGAUCACACAAUAUAAAGAUUCUCACACACUGUAAGCUGUUCAUAAGGCCCUACAUCCUGCAGUUUUUUUCUGUUACUUCAUCUGACAUGUAGACAUCUUUUCUUUUAGAAUAUACAUUUAUGAAAACUCAUUCUAUAUGUUACUGCCUGAUCACUAUUUGUGGUACAUUGAUUUUUACACGAAUUGGUUACCAUCGGAUGAAAGGUGAUAAAGCUGUCACUUCUUAUUUGCUCACCACUGACUGAUCAGGUUUUUAAUAUGGUCACUGUGAACUAAAUGAAGUGACACUGCUUCGUCAUAAAGUCUUUGACUUCGACAGUAAGUUAGAGUUAUAAUUUCUCAGAGAAUAUAGGUUUUCUCAAGAUUUCAGAUUCACCUUACUGACGAAUACAAACAGCAUAAAACCUAGGUCUAGGGCUACCUUCCGAUUUAAAACAUACACAUGCAUCUGAUGCAUAGCUCUUCCUGAAAAGAAUUUGAAUAACAGCCUUUAUCUGUUUUCCUAUAUGCUUUACCGUUGAAUAAGCGGACAUUGCAGUGUCCUUUUUUCCCGCAAGGUAUUUUAACCAGACAGAUAUUUUGAGAGAUGAAAAUAGCUGGCACACACCAACCUUGUGCUCAUUUGUGCAAUAGGCAAACCUCGGUAGGUGGAGCGAAGUUCAAACUAGCGACCCAUCGGUCGAAAGUCAUCUCCCUAAGCGAAUAAGCCACAGCUAUACCUAUGACCUUAGAUACUAUGUUGGUCGAACUUAUUCCCCUGCGCUUACGGCAUGAAGAUGUCUUUCUUUUCUUUUUAGCAGGCAGCCAGUGGUGAAUGACUUUGAUCUAGUGUUUUGCUCUAGUUCGUCACUCCAGGUUUUUACAUCAGGUUAUUGUGUUAAGUCUUCAUGACUAUAGUUCCUGUGGUUAUCAUUCUUGCUUAUAUAAUACUAUUUUCUUGUUUGUCGUUGUUUACAAUAAACGAAACGACUAAAAUCAUUGCAGCAAGAAGGUGAAGUCAGUAGUGAUGACGAAGUUGUUGCUGGUGGUGCGAUUCCCGAUGUUGAUCGAUUUAUUGGAGUGGGAAUACGUGUCAGUUUUACUGGCAAUUCAGCUGAUAUGCGUGAUAUGAAUCAAUUAUCUGGUGGUCAAAAGUCAUUGGUUGCUUUGACCUUAAUUUUUGCCAUUCAAAAAUGUGAUCCAGCACCAUUUUAUUUGUUUGAUGAAAUUGAUGCUGCCUUAGAUGCACAGUAUCGCAAAGCUGUAGCCGAUAUGAUUAGAGAUUUGAAGUCUGAGGCUCAAUUCAUUACUACAACAUUUCGUCCAGAAUUAUUAGAAUCAGCUGAAAGAUUCUAUGGUGUGAAAUUUCGUAACAAGGUCAGUCAUAUUGAGUGUGUAACGAAGGCUGAAGCGCUUGACUUUGUGGAAGAUGACCAAACACAUGGAUAAUAAUAAUGAGGAUGCUAACCUCUGUGUUUCAUACAGAUUUACUCCUUGCAUCUCCUUUUCUUUACUCGAACAAACACAUUAAAAAAAUAUUUAAUGAUCAUCUGUCAUGUGCAUAUGAUUAUUAUCAUCGCCUCUUGAUGCACUCUUAGCUGUAAAUAUACAUAUAUAAUCAAUUAUGCAUUUAGGAAAAUUUUUUAUAUAUUUUAUGAGGUAGACGAUUGGCAGCCAACCAGGUCUGUAUUUUGCUACUCAUGGUCACAUACCUGCUGAUUGUAAUCCCCCAUCCAUUCACUUCCAUUGUUCAUAUUAUAGUUUUUUUGUCUCCCAUCAUUCUUCGGUAUUUGUUUAUGUUUCUGUACCGCUAUUUUUAUGCUACAUACUACUGCGAAUAAGUAUACAUACUGUCG